AUGGGGAUAUUCGAACCAUUUCGAGCGAUUGGGUAUAUAACAUCUCAUGUGCCCUUCUCAAUACAGCGGCUCGGUACGGAAACAUUUGUCACCGUCAGCGUCGGCAAGGCCUUCCAAGUCUACAAUUGCGGGAAGCUCAAUUUAGUACUCGUCGGGCCUCAACUGCCAAAGAAAAUAAGAGCUUUAGCCUCAUAUCGAGACUAUACGUUUGCCGCAUAUGGACAUAAUGUUGCUGUUUUUAAACGUGCUCAUCAGGUGGCGACCUGGGAAAGCCAUGAAGCUAAGGUCAAUCACUUGCUACUUUUUGGUGAUUACAUUUUAAGCGUAGAUGUCAUGGGCAACAUUUUCAUCUGGGCAUAUAAAGGAAUAACCGAGAAUACAUCUCCUGUUGGUCGUAUUUCACUAGGAACUAAAUUUACGCCAACCUGCAUAAUGCAUCCAGAUACUUAUCUAAACAAGAUACUCGUCGGAAGUCAAGAAGGUUCUUUGCAGCUGUGGAACAUCAGCACCAAGAAAAUGCUCUACGAGUUCAAAGGCUGGAACUCUGCCAUAACCUGCUGUGUCUCAUCCCCAGCCCUAGAUGUAGUUGCCGUCGGGUGCUCGGACGGCAAAAUCCACGUACACAACAUCCAAUAUGACGAGGAGGUCGUUACUUUUGCCCAUUCCACCCGAGGCUCGGUGACUGCCCUAUCCUUCUGCACUGACGGGCGGCCCCUCCUGGCCUCCGGUGGCUCGUCCGGUGUCAUAACAAUCUGGAAUCUAGAAAAGAGGAGGCUCCAGUCUGUGAUCGGUGAGGCCCACGAUCGCCCGGUUGUCUCCCUACACUUCCUCCCGAACGAGCCUGUGCUCGUGAGCUCGUCGGCCGACAACUCCAUCAAGAUUUGGAUCUUCGACACCACAGAUGGGGACCCACGCCUCCUCCGUUUUAGGAGCGGCCACAGUGCCCCUCCCCUCUGCAUUCGGUUCUAUGCCAACGGGAGGCACGUGCUCUCUGCUGGCCAGGACAGGGCCUUCCGCCUCUUCUCGGUCGUGCAGGACCAGCAGAGCAGGGAGCUCUCCCAGCGCCACGUGUCCAAGCGGGCACGGAAGCUCAAGCGGAGGGAGGCCGAGGUGAAGCUCCCACCGGUCAUCGCCUUCGAUGUGGCCGAGAUCAGAGAGCGUGACUGGUGCAACGUGGUCACAUGCCACGCGGACUCCUCCCGAGCCUACGUGUGGAGGCUCCAGAACUUUGUGAUUGGGGAGCACAUUCUGGUCCCGAGCCCUAAGGCCCGAAGGCCUGUACGGGCCUGCGCCAUUAGUGCCUGUGGGAAUUUUGCUGUGUUGGGGACUGCCGGCGGGUGGAUUGAAAGAUUUAACCUGCAGUCGGGGAUCAGCCGAGGAAGUUAUGUCGAUAAAUCAGAAAAAGUGCAUGGGGCCCACGGCGGGGAGGUGAUCGGGGUCGCUUGUGACUCGACCAACACUGUCUUGAUUAGUGGCGGUAUUAAUGGUGAUAUUAAGGUUUGGGAUUUCAAGGGGCGGGGAUUUAGAUCGAGAUGGGAGAUUGGUUGUUCGCUUGUUAGGAUCGUUUACCACCGUCAGAAUGGACUUGUGGCCGCUGUUGCGGACGAUUUUGUCAUUCGGUUGUUUGACGUUGUUGCCGGGAGGAUGGUGCGGAAGUUUGAGGGCCACACGGACCGCGUGACAGACGCAUGCUUCAGCGAGGAUGGGAAGUGGCUCCUGACAUCUAGCAUGGACGGGACUAUAAAAGUUUGGGACGUGAUUCUCGCGAAACAGAUUGACGCGUUACAUGUAGACGUGUGUGUGACGGCUCUCUCCCUUUCGCCGAACAUGGAUGUUUUGGCAACGGCCCACGUGGACCAGAAUGGGGUUUACCUGUGGGUUAAUCGGGCUAUGUUUUCUGCUCCUGGCAGAGGGGAUUCAUAUGGGAGUGGGAAGGAGGUUGUGAGCAUUAAUUUGCCGUCCCUGUCUUCAGUUGGGGAUUCUGUGGGCGAGGAUGGUGACGAGGAUGAAGAUAAUUCUAGGGAAAAGGGAGAUGGUUUGGGUUUGCCUGUUUUGGAUAGGCAGAUACCAGAUCUUGUCACGCUUUCAUUGUUGCCCAAGAGCCAGUGGCAGAGCCUCAUCAACUUGGAUAUUAUAAAAGCUAGGAAUAAACCGGUUGAGCCGCCGAAAAAGCCCGAGAAGGCUCCUUUCUUUUUACCUUCAUUACCUUCUCUGUCUGGGGAGAUUCUAUUUAAACCGAAGGAACCUGCCGGAGAGGUUAAGGAUUUGGAAGCUGGUGAAAUGGAGAAGACGAUGAAAAAAGCUGAUUUUCCCACAUCACAGUUUUUGCAGUAUCUUCAGUCCUCGGCAGAUGAAAAAAAUUUUGCAGCUUUUACGGAUUAUAUCAAAGGCUUAUCUGCCUCGACUCUGGAUAUGGAACUUAGGAUGCUUCAGAUUAUAGACGAUGAGGACGAACUGGAGGCUAGCUCUAGGCCAGAACUGCAUUUUAUUGAGAUUCUGCUGGAUUAUUUCAUACAAGAGGUUUCGUGCAGAAACAAUUUUGAGUUCGUUCAGGCUAUGAUCCGGCUAUUCUUAACGAUUCACGGUGAAAGUGUUCGUCGCCAGCCCGCGUUACAGGAAAAGGCCCAGAAGCUUCUGGAAGUAGAGUCUUCAGUAUGGCAGAAAAUGGACAAGUUGUUUCAGAGUACCAGAUGCAUGGUUGCAUUUCUCAGCAACACACAUUUUUGA